CACGGUCCUCACUUUCUGACACGGCCCAGAGCCGCCUGAGACAGCGGCCAGAUGGCAGAGCGCCGGGAAACAGAGAGAGAAAGCAGGUGGCCAGCGCGGAGGCUGGAGCCCUGGGGUAAGGCGGGUUGCUUCCCUGUCUGAGUCUCCGACGCGCCUUGUCACCGUGGUACCUGUUCCUGCCGCUGGCCGCUGACACUGGCCGUCAGGGAGCACCUGAGGGGGAGGAAUGGGAAAAUCCGGAUGGGGUGCCCCCGCGCAGAGGGGGGGAAUUUCCAACAGCACGUGGGCGCGGUGUCGGAGGGUCUGAAUUAGCCUCAGGGAUGGAUGAGCCCGCUUGCACCGGGACCAGGCUGAGCCCCCCGUGCAAGGCUGUGCGUGGGGAUCCCGGAAACCUCUCUGGACUUACUCCUGAGGCUUGGAUGCGCUCAGAGGUGCCAUGUACAGACGGUCUUCCAUACGGGCAACGGUGCUUCCCGGAUCCUGGGGAUACACGUUCCUGACGGUCGCUCACGUCAAAGCCCCCGGCAAGCAAGUGCAGAUCUGUCGGCCGGCCUGAGUAGCAGGUGUCUCUGGGGACGACGACGUGGUGACGGAGCGCGUCCACGUCUGGUGACAACCGAGAGAAGACGGGAAAGUUGGGUAGGCAGUGGACGCAAAGGAGGGCAGUGCUAUGUGGUCACCAUUCAUUGGAGACACGCAGCCCGGGCGGAUCCCGGUUGGCAGGAGGGACGUGAGUAGUGUCGAGCAGUGGGCACGGGGUCCCCCUUUUGGGGGGUCGAGGACGCCCCGGCUCAGGUGGGGAGGAUGCCUGAACGUUGCCGAUGCGCGAAAUGCUGUGGAACCGUAGGCAUUGAAAGGGUGGAUUUUAUACAGUCUGCGUUUUGCCUGUUUUUAAAAAUCAAGGCAAAGAUAAACUCAAGGAAGCAUGAGAUCCUACCCCCCUGCCCCGCCGGAUGGCGUUUUCCCAUCCGGUGGAGUGAGGCUGGCAGGAGCUGCCCUCCAGGACGGGCGUGAGCAGGGAAACCAGGAACCCUGUGGGAGGUGCCUACGCUCACCACACCAGGCGCCUGAGACAUCACGGCACCAAUGACUUCACGCUUCACCGCAAUGUCCUCCACGGGGACUGUCGGCAUCGUCGGCCAAGAGCCGCACCGCGUCACUAACCAUCUAGUCAAAAGAGCAACCCUCCCGUGGGCCCCCUGCCCGCCACCCUUGGGGCUUCCUCGUCCUCCCAGCCGCCCCCUGGGACCCUGGGCCACGACCAUCCUGUUCUGCAUGCUGCUGGACCCAGCGUUACCCCUGACUCAGGAGCACCAUGAUGUUCCAACCACGGAAUGGGUCCCCAGUCUAAAUAUGAAGUUUGACCGAAGGACAAUGGAACUGAGUUGGGACUGCAAAGAAAACACUACCUACCUCGAAUGUGUGAUGAUCCACAAGGAGAAAGGAGAGAUCAGAAAAAAGCCCAAGAACAAAGACUGUCACUGCAACUUUUCCCAUGAUUCUCUUCAUGGGGGAAUCACGUUCGUGGUUAAAGUAAAUAGCACCCAAGGACCGAUUCCAGAAAAACUGGUCUACGCUAACCCAGGUGGCGAGGGCACCGCUGCCCAAAACUUCUCCUGUUUUAUCUACAACGUGAACUUCAUGAACUGCACUUGGGCGAAAGGUCGGGCUGCGCCUGAUGACGUCCAAUAUUUCUUGUACAUACAAGACUUUAAGGAAAAAAGGGAAAGAGAGUGUCCUCAUUAUGUGACGGACUCAGGAACCCACAUCGGAUGUCACCUGCACGAUCUGUCGGGAUUAACGUUCCGCAAUUACUUCCUGGUGAACGGCACCAGCCGAGAGACGGCGGUCCAGUUUUUUGAUAUGAUUUUGUCCUUGAAAAACAUAGAAAUAUACAGCCCGCCCAACAACGUCAGCGUCGACUGCAACCCGUCCCACUGCCAGAUCCUCUGGGACCCGCCCAGGACCCGACACCCCUCGUCCGCCUGGGACUUCAACUACCAGCUGCGCAUCCAGAAACAGGACAACAAGGAACACGCCGGAAAUCAACUGAUUGACGUGACCGGCAAAUCGGAAAAUAAAUACAACUUCCCGAGUCCAGAGCCCAGACCCAAGCACACUGUGACGAUACGGGUCUCAGACGCACGGGGACAGCAUUGGAGUGCCUGGAGCCAGCCCGUGGAAUUCGGCUCCACACAAGCCACAGCCAGCUUUGUGCACGUCUAUGUGCUCGUGGUCCUGGGGACCUUCGUCUGUGCCCUGAUUCUCAGCUGCUUUGUGAAAAGGUUGUUUGCGUCAGAGACCUUAUUCCCACGGAUUCCGCACAUCAAGGAUAAAUGGAGUGAGAACGUUCACACUGACCACCAGAUCAUCUGGGAGAAAUCCACCCCGGAUACAGGAAAGAUCGACCAUGAAGAGAUCCUAACCGUGGAGGAAGUCACCGUCGCCCCGGAGAGCGUGUGAACCACAAAGUUGCUUCCAGCCCUGGAACGUUCUGGAAGCCGUUUUGUCUUUUCAUUGUUUGAACACUUAUUUAUACGGCGCUCUAUUUUUUUACUUUAAAACAACGUGGUCUUUUGCAAGGAUGCCUGUAGUCGGAGUUGAACGCCGUUGGGUCCUGACCCCAUGACGCACCUUCCUUGACCCCUGGGGAGCAAUGAGCCUUUCCCUCCCGUGGCUCAGGCGUCCCCCUGCCAGCAGCCGGUGGGGCUGGGGCAUGGCCUCUGACACACUUGUCCCGUGUGAACAGUGGCCUCCCCAUACAGGGACCAUCUCAGGGUCCCGAGCGUAAUCACCUGUAAGGGCCCGUUGGUCACAGAAGGUCACAUGUUCACAGGCUUCGGGAGUCGGGUCGUGGACGUCCUUGGGGACAUUAGUCCACAACAUGGGGGUCAGGACUUGGACACCUUCGUGUGCGGGCUUGGGAGGGAGGGGAGGGGACUUCCCUCAAAGAUCCUGGCCGCACCUCUGCAUCGUGACUUUUGAGAGGGCAAAUCCUACGACCUGCAGGCCGCCCUGCGCACGUGAGGGUAUGCGCCAGGAGAGCGUCUAAUGCGGGCUUUCGUGAGACAACAGGGCACAUCCAGGACCGGAAGUGAACGUGGCCGGGAAGGAUGUCAGCUGCACGUACCCGGGGUGCCUGCAGAAGGUCUCCAAAGCCAGCAGGAGUGUCCCGUGGAAACCACGGCUUACCUCCGGGCUGGAUUUGUUCAUGAGGACAAAGCUAACGGGAGAGCAAGAUGUAUGUGGAAAAUGUAUAUACAGAGAGAUACAGAUACAGACACAGAUACAGGUAGAUCCAUAUCGGAAUAUAUACCCAGAAGAGACAGGAAAAUAUAUACGUGGAUACAUAUGCACAAAGAGAUACAUAUUUGCAGAAAUACGUGUUGAUACGUGUGCACAAAGAUAUAUAUUUGCAGAAAUACGUGUGGAUACGCAUGCACAAAGAGAUAUCUAUUUGCAGAAAUAUGUGUGGAUACGUAUGCACGAAGAGAUACAUAUUUGCAGGAAUACCUGUGGAUACGUAUGCAUGAAGAGAUAGAUGUUUGCAGAAAUACAUGUGGAUAUGUAUGCACAAAGAGAUACAUAUUUGCAGAAAUA